UUUAAAUGUUUAUAUUUAGCAUGACGUCAUAAAAACUGUAUAAAAAUCCGACCAAGAAAUCAAAAUGGGCAUUAUUACGCCAAUUUACAAGAAGGAAGAGAAAAAGAAAAGCCAAAAGAAAAGAAGAUUCAACCAAUGGCGGUAGCUUGUGAAGAAUCCUAUAACAGCACAAGAAUAUUAUCAACAACUAUGAAUCCAAAUCAACAGAUGUACAGUAACCAACAGUUUCAACAAGGACAGCAGGGUUAUUUUGAUCCUACCCAAAUGUACUAUCCAGCUCCAAAUCCACAAUUUCCACCAAGUCCUAUUUUUCAACCAUUUCACCAUAUCGGUCCACCUCCGUAUUUCCCACCUUCACAAAGCUUCAAUAAUAAUUCACUGGUUGGAGCAUCCUUACAACUUUAUGGUCAGGAGAUGAAUCAGCAACCUGGUUACAGCAGAGGUUGGGGGGGUAGAAGAGGAGGUGCGUCAAGGGGAAAAGGGAAAUUUAAUAAUGAAUCCCAAAAUCAUCCUACAAAAAAAUUCCCUAAUAGCCCUGUAGUGGAAGAGACACCCGUUGUUGAGACAUCAGAUUCAGUUGAUGAAUAUUUACAGAGUUAUGUAGAUGGUGCUUUUGAUGAUGAAGGACAUGUUGAAAAGGAGUCUAAAAUUGAGGCAAAAGAUGCACCCAGUAAACAGAAAAAUAGCAGGAAUCUACAGGGAGGGAAAAAAAAUCUGAAUGGGACUAAUUAUCAGCGACAACAAUUUGACAGUUACAGGGAUAAUGUUGAAAAUAAUGAUCCACGUUAUUUAAGUAAUAGAGGAGGACGUGGAAAAGGAAGAUUUGAAGGAUCAAGGUCAAAUUAUGAUCCAGACAGACGGUCGUUUUCAUCAAGAAAUAGAAACCAUGAGGUAAAUAGUGUACAUGAUCAAAAAGAUUAUAAUUGUAGUCUCAAUGAAAAAAGAAAUAAUGGAAAAUUCAGCAAAAAAGAAGAAAAUGUCUCUCAUACCAGCAGUAACUAUGGCCUCAAUAAAGAAGACACAAGUGGAGAAAGUAAAAAAAAUAACAAGGAUAAAUUCACAAAAUAUGAGGAGAGGCAGCAACUAAAUGAUCGACGAGGUCAGAGAUCUGGUAGGGGAAGACAGCCACAUCAGGGACGUUCAUUUCAGGGCAGACAUGAUGAGGACUAUGACCCACAGAAUGAUAUAUCUUCUGAUACCUCUAACCAGAAUAAAAAUAAACAACCACAUUCGGACCGGGAUAAGUACCACAAGCCAAGGAAUUUUCAAGGGCAACGUAACCAAAGUCAUAGACCAUAUAUGGCAAGAACACUCUCUGGAAAGGUGGACGAAAGUCAGAGAGGUGUACUGAUUGAACAGUUGACCAACAACUCUUAUGAAUGUAUGGUGUGUUGUGAGACAGUCCGCUGUCAUAAUGCGGUGUGGAGCUGCUCUAAUUGUUUCCAUGUAUUCCAUCUACGUUGUGUCAAGAAAUGGGCAAAGUCUUCUACAGCUGUUGGUGAAAAUGAGGACAAUGGAUGGAGAUGUCCAGCCUGUCAGAACAAAUGUGAUCAGUUUCCUUCCCAGUAUAGAUGUUUCUGUGGCAAAGUGAGAGACCCUGAAUUUAAUCGUAUGGAGAUUCCACACAGCUGUGGUGAGAUGUGCAGUAAACGAAGGGCAGAUAACUGUCCACAUCCAUGUAACAUUCUUUGUCAUCCUGGUCCCUGUCCACCAUGUAAUGCUGUCAUCAGUCGUUCCUGUGAUUGUGGAAAAACUAGUCAAACCAUGAAAUGUAGUGCUACUCAGAUUAUCAAGUGUGAGGAAAAAUGUGGUAAACAACUCAACUGUGGCAAACAUUUCUGUAAGGUCACCUGUCAUGCAGGGUCUUGUUCCAUGUGUGAGGAAGUCAUUGUACAGGAAUGCUACAAAGCUCACACCAGUAGAGAAGUGAUUUGUGGUACUAAGGAAUCUUUCCAAUCUGCCUUCAGCUGUAAUGCACCUUGUGGAAAGACACUCGAGUGCGGAAAUCACACAUGUGAAGAGGUAUGUCAUGAAGGCCCUUGUGACCCAUGUAGUCUUUCACCGUUGGCAGUGAUCACCUGUCCAUGUGGUUCCUCUCUUCUUGCAGAUCUCAACUCUACUCCAAGGACAAGCUGUCUCGAUCCUAUCCCCACAUGCGGGGCUAUCUGUAACAAGACACUUAACUGUGGACCUUCAGAUGAUCCUCAUAUCUGUAAGCUGUUGUGUCAUGAGGGUGUUUGUGGGGCGUGUCCAGGAGAAACCCUCCUUAAGUGUCGGUGUGGUGCUCUAGAAAAAUUCUUUCCUUGCACAGAAGCCAAGAUCAUCACUGAGAAAAAUCCAUUCCACUGUGAUAAACGUUGUAAUAAAAAACGACUGUGUGGCCGACAUAAAUGUGGACAAACAUGUUGUGUGCUUGAAAAGGAAGAUCAUUUCUGUGACCUUAUAUGUGGGAAGAAACUGUCAUGUGGCCUUCACAAGUGUGAGGAGCCUUGUCACCGUGGAUACUGCCCUCCCUGUCUCUUAGCAAGUUUUGAGGAGCUGACAUGCUACUGUGGUAGUGAGGUUAGGUUUCCACCUGUUCCUUGUGGUGCCAAACCACCAGAAUGCUUCAAGAAGUGUACACGCCCUCAUUCCUGCUCCCACCCAGUUCGUCAUAAUUGCCAUAGUGAUGAGAAUUGCCCCCCUUGCACAGAGCUCACAUCAAAAUACUGCAUGGGAAACCAUGAGUUGAGGAAAAACAUCCCAUGUCACAUCAGCAACAUCUCGUGUGGUCUUUCUUGUGACAAAGCACUACCCUGUGGUACCCACAAGUGUAUCCGCACCUGUCAUAAGGGAGAGUGUCAGGAAGAUGGAAAGAACUGUGUUCAACCCUGCCCUACUCCACGGGCUGUCUGUGGUCAUCCAUGUGGUGUGCCAUGUCACAGUGGUCAAGACUGCCCACCUGUCCCGUGCAAAGCAGAGAUCAUCAUAAAGUGCCCAUGUGGGAGAAAGUCAGCACGACAGUUCUGUAUGGCAGGUGGUUUAACUCCAGAGCUCGAGGAAUAUCAGAAGAUAGCUGUACAAACGCUAGCUAGCACUGUUGGCUCUGGACAGACAGUGGAUAUAUCCAAUUUAACAUCUGCUGCCAAGAAAGUUGCCAAACGACAACUGGAGUGUGAUGGAGAAUGUGCCAUCAUGGAAAGGAACAGACGCAUGGCUCUAGUUCUGGAAAUUAAAAACCCAGACCUAAGUGCCAAGCUUGGCAAUCCAUCUUAUAACGACUUCCUGAAGGAAUAUGCCAGAAACAACCCUCAGAAUGUGGCUUCCAUCGACAAAGCUUUCUCUAAUCUUGUUCAGAAUGCCAAAGGGUCCAAACAUCCCCACCGUUCUCAUCAGUUUCCUCCCAUGAACCGUGACCAGAGAAGAGUCGUACAUGAGCUGGCAGAGUUCUAUGGCUGCGAGACACAGAGCUAUGAUUUGGAACCAAAGAAGAAUGUAGUAGCAACAGCACACAAAGAUAAGUGCUGGUUACCUUCUGUUACACUGACUGCCUUGAUACAGAGAGAACUACACCCAAAAGCUCCUACCCCUAUACCACAUGUCCAUGAUGAGGACGCCCUUAGGAAAUCAGCCUCUGCAGCAAAACAAAGCACCUCCCUUCUUCCCGGCCAGUCAAUGAAACCUGUGGCAUGGGCUUCAAGGGAGGCUACUCAGACAGUACUAAAAAAGAACAUGAAAACAGAGAAACAGAUUGAUUAUUUUGAUUUUUCGGAAGACUGAUUUUUAUACACACAUGUAAAUAUUGUGGUAUCUAUGCGUUGACAUAUUAUGAAAGCCAACAUGUUAUAAGCUUGCACUUUUGCUUUCUUUUAUUUGUUGCUUUUUUUGUCUUUGAUUACGUUUCAAAC